AUGGACAUUGAUACACUGCAGGCUGCAGAUCAGACGACUUUCGAGGAAGUGGAAUCGUCCAGGCAGGAGACUUUUGAGAAGCCAACAGCCACCAAAACAUUGCUGCAAAGUGUGCAGGCCAAGGAUAAGACGCAUGAGUACUUGGCCACCCGCUGGGUUAAGUUCUUCUUGGGGAGCCCCUCGCCAGCCUUCCUUACUCUAAUGGAGUUCCUUUUCGAGGCCAGUGGAUGUCUGUAUGAGAUUCCGAAGGAUACAGAAAUGCCAUUUCCCUACGCAGACAUUCUGGUAGAUUGCCUGUCAAAGUGUCGCAGUGUCAGUCUGCAAUAUCCCGUCAUUACGAAGAGGGCUGACAUCUUCAUUCGCAAAAUUGUCAGCUUUUUCCAAGCUCUUCUGAACUCGGCCAACAUCAUGCCCGAUGCUUUGUUCAACAAAUUUCUGGAAGAAUUGCUUGGCUUUGUGAUGGCCUUUUCGCAGUCCUCCGCACGGCCCAUUCGCCAUACCAGCACCUUGCUGGGUCUCAAACUUAUGACCAUACUGAAAGAUCAAACAUCUAUGGACCAGGAAUUGCCCAAGACGGUGUGGGAGAAGAUGUUCAACUGCCUGUUUGUAGAUCGCCGCAUGGAUGUGGUGGAUAACAUAAGAGCCGUGUGCCUCACCGAGCUUGGCCUGUGGUUCCAGAAGUAUCCAGAGGGUUAUCUUCAAGAUAGCAAUCUGUGGUUUAUCUUCGAAGCUUUGGGUGACAGCUCGGCGGAAGUUAGGCAGCUUUGUCUUUCCAUUAUCACGAGACUCCUUCCCAACGAGCAUCUUCGCCCAACGUGUCUGGAAUUAGGCCAGGAGUUUCGGGAGCUAUUGCUAAGUUUUUGCAUGGACAAGGAGGACGAACUAGCUGAGGAAUCCUUGCGACUCCUGGCCGAUUUCUAUCAAUAUUCCCCAGAAAUUCUAAGUCCUGACACUUGCCUGCUGCUGGAGCAACUAAUGUUCGCCGCACAUCGUGGAUUAGCGCAGGCCGCGGGGGAGUUUUUCAUGAUGCGGAGGAAGGUAAUGGAAGGAGAAACAUUUCCUGAAAGAAUAAAUCCGCUGCUGCUCCUUUACGCCAAGGAUAGUCCCCAUGAGCAUGCCGCCUAUCUGGUGGAUUCUCUGCUGGACAAGUACGAAAUUAUCCUAGACUGGCAGUCAAUGAUAUGGAUGCUGGUCGACGAUGAGUCGGGGUUAAACGAAGAUCAGUGCUCUUCUUUGAUUGAAAUCCUUACCGUAGGGGUGAAGCAAGCGAUUACUGGGGAAAUACCAGCAGGAAGAAUCACCAAAGAUCUGGAGAGGAAUCCAAAGGAGGGGGCCAAAAAGAAAGCCACUGCUUUACUGGCACCGAUUUUACCCGAACUCCUUCAGAGUUAUGCUUCCCGCCUAGCUGAUCUGAAGAAUCUCCUAGAGCUACCGCAGCACUUGGAACUCCAGUACUACAAGCAAAAAACCAACGACAGGCAACUUAGGCAAUUAUUAUAUGAGAUCAACACCGUAAUGUUCCACCAGACCGACUACGAAGUGCUCCAGAUUGCGGCUCACACUUUGGACAUUCUCUAUGCCAUAGGCACUACUAGGAUACUUGUAAAGGAACUGAUCGACAGUGCGGUGACCAACUACCGCCUGGCCUGGCAGGAGAUUUUCGAUGUGGAAAACUCAUCAUCCUCGUCCUCAUCGGAAUCAUCUUUCUCCACCCAAACUCCGGAGAGCGACUACAACCGAAUGCUGAUUUCCUUACGUUUGGUGACAGCCCUCUACGCCCGCUUCAAUCUCAGUGGCUGGCAGAUGAACGAAUCGGUUCUGGGCAACCUGAGAAUACUGGCCAGGGAACAGUUGGUACUAAGCUCUUAUAACAUGCUCACAGAAACAGUGGCUCUUUAUCUGGAGUGUGGCUUCUACAGCCUAUGCUGGGACUUGGGGCAGUUCCAGGACGAGGCCUCUAAGAAUCCAAACAUGAAGGACUCUCUUUGCGCCCUUAAGAAGAACUUGGAUGAUUUCAUGUUCGCAAGCCUUAACCCGGUUCUUGAAGGUGGCCAUGCUAUACUGAUAGAUCUGAGCUUUUCCUAUGUCUGCGAUCUGCUUGUGAUGUUUGGGUAUCACCUACGUGAGAGCUCCUACCCAUCGGUCCGCUCUCUGGCGUACUCGCCGUCUGCUUGUCAGCUGGAUCUUCUGGAGAAGUGCGUUGUGGACAACAUCUUCGAGAUGAGUCCUUCGGAUCUGAUGGCACCAGAUAACUUUGGUCAGCUGCAGAACAUGCGAGGCAUCCUAAACAGCUACUGCAAACUGGUGUCCUUCAACGUGGUGCCCACCAUGAAAGCCAGCAAGAUCUUUCAGUACUACGGAAAGUAUUUUGAACCAUUUGGCGACAUAAUGAAGUGCACCAUGGAACACGCUCUGCACAUCAACCCUAUCAACUAUGCAAUGACCUUGUUUCACUCCUGUUUGCAUUUAUUCUCUAGGAUUAUGUCCGAUAAUGACCAAGAUGGACUCAGGGCUGCCAAUUCAGCAGAGUUUUCGGAACUAAUAGAGCUAGCUAACCGAUUGGCUGAGACCAUUAAGUCCAAUCUCUUAGAGAAUCGCCAAUGCAUCAUUGUCCUGAACCGGGCUGGAGUUAUGUUUGUCAAGGAUUCAUUGCAGGGAAAACCCACGGCUGUCCCACAAAACCUACUUUUCCUGCGUGUCUGUCAGGUGUUUGUGCCGCUGCUCUUGAGGCAGGACAAACUUACGAUACUUAAAUUGGUCAAGACAAUCGAGGAACCUGCGCUGCCUUCUUGCAAGAGGGAGGACUGGCAGAACUUGCAAGAAUUUUGUUUCUUAUUGAGUCCGUCAAAGAGAGGGUUAAAGUGAAUCCUCUUUGACAACUUUGAGAGCUUAUUUAUAUAGUAAUUAAUUACUUUCCAAAGAUAUAUAAUAUCUGACCGUC